GCAGUUUUCCAAAAACUGCCCAAAAAAAAAAAAGCCAAGUGGAAACCUAGCCUUUCACUGUGUUCCACCCAUUUACUCCAGUGGGUAAAUCGGGGGGAGGUGUAUUUAGCAAUUUUUUGGGUAUCUUUGCACCAAAGUUUUCAUUUUGGCGAACGGCCUUCGAUAACUUUGGCAAGAAUAAAGUCAAUUCCAGUCACAGCUUUUUUCUAAUCAACUAAAAAAGAAACCAAGAGUUUUUUGCCACCAGUUUUUAAAUACGGUAAAGCAGACUGCAGUUUUGCAGCAAUUUGGCUCUGGCCCUGCGGCGUGCAUGCAAGUGUAGACGAAGGGUUAAUGCUGGGGGCUGAUUGUGGAGAUUGGAGUGGCCUGUGGUCUAUAAAGGAAGAGGAUGGGGGUCUGGUAAAAGCCUGAUGUUCAUAUGAUAGUCUAGUGCUGGUUGUGGAUCAUACAUUGACUUAUUAUAAGGCGGGGGAGAAACUUUUGAGGGGGACUAUGAAUGAGUGGGGUCCCACAGGGCUUCACAGUAAAGUGAAGCUCCAGGACAUAUUACAGGAGACUAGACAGCCGGUCAGCGAGGAGCAGGCCUGGGCCUUGUGCUACCAAUGCAGCUGUAAACUGAAGCAGAUGAUACUGGGGGAUGGCUAUUUCCCUGAGCUGAGGGGGACAGAGGACAUCUACAUCCACCAAGACGGGGCGGUGUCUUUUGUUGACUCGUCUGAUACCAAGUGCCGAAACGUGUCCGAGACAAGGGUCAUAGAGCGUCUGGGGAAGGCUGUGUACUCUGCUCUGGAUUGGGGUCUCAGCAGUGAGAUUGAGCGAGUUCUCAGUGACCCUCUGAACAGCCUACUCUUCUAUAUGCUCGGCCUAAACGCAACCAGAAGCAGCCCCUUCGCAGAACGGGGGCAAGCAGUCACUCUGAAUUACAUCAUUAAGGAAUGUGUUGAGAGGCUAUUUGUACCAUUGGAGGCAUCCACUCACUACAGAACAGUCUGCCGCAUGCAACACGCUGAAUUUAAGGACAUUUACAAGCUCCUGCGGACCAUACAGAUCUCCAAGCAGAGCUUGAGGAGAUUGGAUUCUCAUGAAGAACAAGUAGAGGGCAUCAUUGUGAUAUCUGAUAACUGGAGUACCCUGUGGAGAAAUGUAAUGAAUGAGCUUCGUCAUGGGGUCAGUCUCCGCAGCGUUGACCAACGCUCUUACAAUGCAUUGCCCAUACACUACACGCUUACUCCAUAUGAACUUUUGAUGGAUGACAUCCGGUCUAAAAGAUACACGCUGCGGCCUGUGGAGGAAUGUGAUCAGAAAAAGCCCAGCAGAAGUGAAGACAACGUAAUUUUGGACCUGAUUCGGACACAUACACUGAAACCGGCAUCAGAGAGAAAGCUAAAGGAACGAUCCCAGGAAGAGCCGAGCCUGCAUGACCUGUUGAUGUCCGAGAUCAAAUCUUCCAAGAAUCUCAGAUCAACCUUGGAUGUACACAGAAAUGCAGUGCAAGAUGAAGAAUUUAAAAUUUCCAGCAGCUUGUGUUCAGUGCAGCGUGAAUAUUCUUCUUACAGUUGCCGGACGGGGAAUAAGUGGAGUAUGCUUCCAGUCGCUGAUCCGCUGGACAAUGGAAUUUAUGGCAGAAUCAGCUGGCACCCUGAAUUCAGCUCUGACUCCUCACCUGAACACAAGUUUUUUGACCUAACAUCAAGCAGCACUGGUAAUGGAAGAUUUUUAGAAUGCCUACAUUCACAAGACUCAACCAUUAAAUCACCACUUUAUUUAGUACUUGAGGAUUUGUCCUUUUUCCCUGUUCUGACGUCCUCCCAAGUGGACCUAAGAAUGAACAGUAUGUCAAGUUGUGAGCAGACAUCGUACACCCACAAGAGGUCAAACUCCUAUGAGAGCUCCUACCAACGCAGCAGCUAUAGGCAGAGUCGGUAUACUCCAAGGAUUUGCCUACCCCUCACCAUCUCGGAGUUGAUCCCUAAACGAAGAGAAAUUGUGAAAACUGAGAUGCUUGCACAAGCGUUAAGUAAAGAUUUCCCUGGGCACAAGGCUUGUUCAAGCUGCUACCGGAAAAGACUCUUCUUCACCUGGCUGUUCUCAUGCAAAUUAUGUGACAGGACUAUUUGCCCCGAUUGUAAUGUUGAGAUGUUGAUGCCUUUCAAACAAUGCAUGCAUCUGCCAGUCAGCUUCUUUAAAGUUCUAGUGUUGUCUGGAGGCAAUGAUCCUUUCUCCCAAGCACAGAAAAAACAGAUGUUGUAUCGGGAGGUCAUGCACUGGGAUUGCUCCAGUGUCCCCCUGAUCUUUGACCCCAAAGACGAAGCGGAAGACCAUUCCUUUCGCAAAAGGCUCACUCACAACUGGACUUCCAUGGACAUUUGUAUAAAAUGUGAGGAAUUUAUCUUGGAUGUUCUAGAGAAAAGCCACCAAAGGGAAUUCCCAGACAGCUUCUGGAAGUCUCGAAGCAUCUCCGAAUCUUCUGCCAUCCUGUUAAGACAUUAACAAAAACAGUCAAGAAUUGGGGCCUUCACUUCAAGUGUAGAUUUGUUCCAGAGUAACCUUGUUUUAUGAACUCUACUGACCUUAAUCAACUCAAAAGAUGAAGGUGACCUGACCACAAGGGUCUUUUUAAAGAACUUUGUAGCUUUAUUUGUCACGUUCUGAUGAGGUCCAUCUGAAUAAAAUUUUGACAUUUUUACUUCAAGAUAGUCAGAAAACCCCAAAACUUUUUUUUUUUCUUCUUUGACAUUCCCUACACCCUGGUGGGUUGAAGGGUCCAUAAUUCCAAAAUGUAAAUUAUUUAUUUAUUUAUAGCCUAAAGGUCCAUAAUGGCUACUUACUGACAACACAUGAGGGUGGGGUGGGGGUAAUAACCUGGUGAUGGGGCGGAUAACGUCAGCAAUAUAUUCACAAUAUUUAGGAAAUGAUAAUAAUAAUUUGUCUAAUAUAAUAUAAACGCAAAUUCAUUGUUUUUUUUUUUGCACUUAAAGUCUGGUUCUAAUGUGUGAAUCGCUGGACACAACACCUGCAUGAGGGGGGGGGGGGGGGUGCAAUGGCAAUUGGAAGGAUUUUGGAUGUAACUUUUUUCCCUCUUUUUUUCACUUUUUGUUUUAUGGCUGUUUUCGAAGUAUUUCUACUGCUUUUAUUCUGACCUUUAUGGUAAAUGCUUGAGUAAGAAUGUAUAUUCUGUUAACUGCAAUCUGGGAAAAUAAAGCGUAUGAUGAAGAAUAUGACGGUCAAUGUGUGGAGUUGGUACCAUGUCAAGGUAAAUAAAAAUUG